GCCAGCUGACGGAAAACCACUCUGCUCUUUUUGUUUUCUUCACAUGUUUGGACUGACACCAUGAUGAAAGGGGAAGAUUCAGAGGAAGUAGAGAUUGACUUGGGGGACUCCAGCGACCCUGAAGAAUUGGAUAAUGGCGAGGAACCGCAGACGCUGUGGAGGGCCCCCCCUUCUCUGGAAGAAGAGGAAGACAUUCAUACUUCUAUACUAGUGGAAAUCAGCGAUACCAAGCCUCUUAUAAAUGUCCGAGACCCCCGCGGUAUCAAUGACUGCCUCAAGGUGACGUUUGAGGAUGUAAUUGCUGAGCCAGUAUCAGUGCGCAGUGGGGACAGAGUGUGGAUCUGGAGCAACGCCCUGUUUGAGGUGUCCAGGGUUUGGAUCUACAGAAUAGUCACAGCUAUUCUGGCCAUUCCCCUGUCCAUCAUCUCCGGUCUCCUCUUUGCCAUCCUCAGCUGCAUCCACAUCUGGAUUUUAGGUCCCUGUAUCCAGUGUAUCCUUAUGGGCAUGCGCUGGCUACAGAGCCUAUGGAGCAUUGUGCUGGGCGUCAUUGUGCAUCCCUUCCUCACGAGUGCUGGGAGAUGCUGUGGAGGCUUCAGCAUUCACCUGGCCAAAGAAUGAGACUCACACAUGAGAAGCACAUCCGGACGGGGAGCGUUCGUUGUGUGCACAAGUGCGCUGGUGUUGUGACGGACUGAGCCCGAGUGGGCAUUGAUAUUUGAUUCUUUGAUACUUAAUUCAAAAUAAAGGGUUUAUUAAAACAUGUUUCCAGACGUGAAGACAGCUUUGCUCAAAGUCCAACAGUAUCUGCUGGUUCUCUUUAAUGAUUCCACAAGGCUUUUGAAAUUUUCAAAUAAUCAUUUGGUGUGGAUCUGACACAGUGACAAAACAAGAUGAUGUAUUUCCAAAUCUGAUCCUUUGAGCAUGAAAUUGCUUUGGUGAGACGGAAAAGAGGAUCAGAGUUCUUACCAUCUGAGAUCAGUGUGAUUAAGGAACUGGGUGUCUCAAAAAUUCUGUUACUGUGAUUGAUUUGAAGAAAACAAGAAUGAUGAAAGUGACCCUUUUUGUGAAGCAUACCCUAUAUACUUCUACCAAUAUAUUGGUGGGUUUACGAUGAUUUUUAGAAUUUGAAGUAAUUUCAUUAGAAUUUGUUAUGCAAAGUGAAUGUUGUACAAUCUUUAUGUCAUAAUGUUUGGGUUUGGUUUUUACAAUUCCUGACAUUUUUAAACUGCAGUUUAGAAUUUAAUCUCAAAAAGCAAAAAUGUACAACUACUAGGAUCUAAUUUAAUUAUAGAAGUUACUGAUUUCAAAGCUAUGAAUAUUUAGUUCAGUAGAAAAGAACAAAAGGUUACAUUAGAUGUAUUUUCCAGAGAGGAAGUGGAAAUAAAAGCUAAAUUAAAUAAGGGGCCAGUUGGAGGCAGAUGGUUUAAUAAUAGAGCGUCCUACAUACAUGUAUAUACUGUAUAUGAAUUAGUAUAUGUGCUAUAACAGGGAGGAUAUGAGGGGUCAGCAGGAUAAGGGCAUAUCCUGAUUUGCAGGUUUUGCAAUAUAAUUACCCUCAUAUAUUUAUUCAUGCAAUAGUUUUGUAAGCUUGAAAACAGACAUUCUUGCAAA